AUGGUCAAGGUCGUUGCCAAUCAAUAUUUUGGCCGCCACAGAACGCCAUCACAGAACGCCACCACAGAACGCCAUCACAGAACGCCACCACAACGCCACCACAGAACGCCACCACAGAACGCCAUCACAGAACGCCAUCACAGAACGCCACCACAACGCCACCACAGAACGCCACCACAGAACGCCAUCACAGAACGCCACCACAGAACGCCAUCACAGAACGCCAUCACAGAACGCCACCACAGAACACCGCCACCGAACGGCGUCACAGAACGCCACCACAGAACGCCACCACAGAACGCCACCACAGAACGCCAUCACAGAACGCCAUCACAGAACUUCACCACAGAACACCGCCACCGAACGGCGUCACAGAACGCCACCACAGAACACCACCACAGAACGCCACCACAGAACGCCACCACAGAACGCCAUCACAGAACACCGCCACCGAACGGCGUCACAGAACGCCACCACAGAACGCCGCCACAGAACACCGCCACAGAACGCCACCACAGAACGCCGCCACAGAACGCCACCACAGAACGCGGCCACAGUACGCCACCACACGGUCAUCUGCUCGUGACCUUGAGGGUGGAGGCGCUCGCCGUGGAGGAUCCCGCCGUGCUCUUGAUGUAA